AUGUCGUUUGUCCUCAUUGCCAGCAUGCGUGCGCUCAACAAGGAGGCCGCCGAGGAACUCAUUCCUCUGCUCAAGGCCGUCGCUGCCCGUGCCAACUCGGACGAAGAGGCUGGUACCCUCCGCUUUGAGCCUGUGAGGGACCAGAAGGACCCCCUUAACUUUGUCAUCAUGGAGGAGUAUGCCAGCAAGCAGGCCGUUGGUGUUCACGCCGCCGGUGAGGCUUUCAAGAACCUCGGACGUGCUGGCGCUCGUCUCAUUGAGGGCGGUGGCAAGGGUAUCAAGCUUACGACGUUUGACCGUCUCACUGCGGUGCCAAAGUCCAAGCUCUAA